AUCAGCACUGCCUAUCAAUGAGAGAGGCUGGACUUUUGAUACUUUAUAGAUCCGCUUUAUCCUUGGAGAUUCCUGCAAAUUUGAUUUGUGCAAAUUAUAUCCUUAUUUAGAACUUGACGUAAGAAACGUGUAGGUAAGCUACGAUGAGCCUCUGUAAGAUCAACGACUUGAAAUAUUUCUUGAAAGCUUACAAGGUAGGAAAUUUUACACACAGUUUCCCUGACGCGGGAAUCGGGGAAAUGGAAGACUUUAGUGUGCGGAUCGGUCUGUUCGGGAUAACAGGAUCUGGUAAAAGCUCGUUUAUUAACUCCGUAGUCAUGGCCCUAAAUGACGACGACGUGGGACCCGCCGUAACACAGAGUACGGGCGCCGAAGGAACGAUAAUUUUGGAAACCUUUCCAAUUACCGAUCGGUUCACUCUCCUGGAUACAAGGGGCUUCGACUGCCUUGGUGGGGACGCCGAACAGGAAAUACUGGCCAUUUUGAAUGGCGACAUCAGAGACGAAAGCUGCAUUGACCGAAAAAGGAUGGUGAAAACUUCGUUGGCAGGAAAAGGCACAAACACGAAAGACGAGACUCACAUCGUGCUGUGGUUUGUGAACGCCAUGGACCCUCGGCUACACAGAGGUGCCUAUAGUCGCCACAUGGACUUUCUGCGACAUCAACUCUUCAGAAGAGGAGUGCUAACUAUGACCAUCCUUACACAUGAAGACAUGUUGGACUCGAAGGGAAAUACUCCAGAAGAGAGGCAUAAGCUGUCUGAGUCUGCAAGGGAGAUAACCGGAAGCUUCCACGAGAAUACAUAUUUCCUGUCCAACUUCAUCAAAGGGAAGGAAUUCUCCGAUGAAAACAGACUUAAGGUUCUUGAAAUAAUCAAGAGGUCUCUAGAGCUCUCAGAGAGCACAAUCAAGACACGACAAACAAAGAAGAGACUGGCUUCAAGGUUAAAGAAUACGUAG